AGUGUGCUUUCGCGGCGUUGGAAAAAUGGUUUUAACAAACGGAACUUCGAACCACCGAUCCAUGUCCGAUGUUGUAGGGUUGCAUUCGAUCCUAAAUAUGGAUUUCUGGAAUGGAAGUGAGGCUAAAAAUCCUCCUGAAGUUGUCGAAAGAUUACUGCCAAUCCCAUUCCCAAUUUUCUCUCUUCCUUCUCCACUCUUUUCUCACCACUCAAACACCACAAUGAAGCUCAUCAUCAUCGCCUUCCACACUGCACCCCCUCCACGAACCUCCAAUUUACUCAUUUCUCUAGCUUUUCUAGGGUUUCCCCGUUCCUUACUUCUCAUGGAAAUUCAUUUGGAACCCUAGAUUGAUUCUGCUAGUCUUUUGCUCCUCUAUUGAUGACGGUUACCGGAUCUGGAGCUACUACAUGUUCAGUUCAGGUAUCUCGUCAUCAGUGAGGAUUGUAACUUAUCAACCUAAUGGGGUUGAAACCUACAAAGGAGGGGCCACCCAAAAUUGAAAACCUGAGUUUACAUCAUCACUUGAUCAAUUACCUCACAAAAAAUCUAUAUAUUCGUAAUUUGGUAUCCAAGAAACGGCGGAGAAUGCUCAUUGCUGGAUAUGAUCUUGACAUGUCAUAUAUCACAGAUCGAUUACUAGCAAUGUCAUUUCCUGCAGAACGUAUGCGAGCAAUGUAUAGAAAUCCUCUCUGGCAGGUCAAGUCUGUACUGGAUAUGAGACAUCAUGAGCACUAUAAGAUAUAUAAUCUUUGUAUAGAAGAAAAUUAUGAUCCAGCACACUUUUAUGGUCGUGUGGAAGCAUAUCCCUUUGAUGACAACCAUGUACCACCUCUUGAAAUGAUCAAGAACUUCUGUGAAAGUGUGCAUUCAUGGUUAUCAAGUGACUCAAAAAAUAUUGCUGUCAUUCAUUGCAUGGCAGGGAAGGGCAGAACUGGCUUGAUGGUAUCUUCAUACCUAGUUUAUAGCGGUAUGUUGACAGAUGAGGCUCUUCAAUUGUAUGCCGAUAGGCGGACAACCAAUAAUGAAGGAGUAUCGAUACCAAGCCAACGUCGUUAUGUAGGGUACUGGGAAAGUAUGCUAUCUGUUCCUAGAGGCACUGGUAAUGAGCCAAUAAAUGUGAGCUUGCCUCAAACAUGUAGCAGAGAAUUGCGGCGAAUCCGGCUUUAUGAUACGCUUAAUGUUGAAGCGAUCUUCUUUGUGAUCUCAGAGAUGCAGAAGGUUCCUAAUCAAGUCUACUGUCCAUCAGUGGAGAUUAUUAGGAGCAGCUGCAGACAAAUUAAGAAAGGAUAUCAGCAAAACUACAGUCCUUGCUAUUAUCUCUCUUAUGUCGAAGGUGAUGAAGAUGGAAAAGAAUUAAGAUCAGAGGAACCUCGUGUUGUAGUCCAAAUGGACACUGAGGAUCCGGCAAUCUACCAAAAAUCUUGUCUGGACCAUUAUUUUGACAAACCAGUCCAAUCGACAUGCAUGCAUGCAUGCAUGCAUGUAUGUUCAUUUUCAAUUCUCAUUGCCAACAGCUUACUGGAGAUGUCCGUGUCAUAUUCUACCAAAAAUUGAUGGGAAGCCGACUUUUCUACUGCUGUUUUAACACAGCUUUUGUUAGGAAUGGCUUGCUACAGGUAAUCUCGUUCUUCUUUCAAAGACUGCUAUCUCCUCUUUAAUAUAUGAAAAGUAUGGAUGCUUUAAUUAUAUGAAAAUACCAAUGCUUGGUCUUGGUAUAAAACUCGUUCUUCUUUCAAAGUACUAAUCCCUCCUUUUUGUUAUAUGAAAACGUGAAUGAUUUGUUGUAUGAAACUACGAUGCUACUCUUAGUAUAAAACUACACCAACAAGCACAAGUAAUUUGUCACCUGCUAGGAAAGUUCUUCUUAGGGGCAUGUUUCGGUUGGUGAUAUAGAGAAGGGAAGGAAGGAAAUGUUUGAUUAAGUCAUAGGGAAGAUCUAAAUGAAACACUCUACUCUAUUCUCCUCUAUCCAAACAUAGCCUAACUGCAGCUUUACAAGACAAAACUUCAUUCCAGUGAGUCAAGGAAAAAUUUUCUGGUAGUCGAUCUUGGAAGUAUAUAGGACUAAGGAUUUGGAAGCAUCUGCAAUCUUAGUUGAAUUGCACAACGUAGUUACUACGUUGCACACUCAAGCUUUGACUAUGUUUACUGUUUGUAAUCAUUGUAGCUGAAGAUGAAAGACUUGGACAAAGUAGGGAAUAAAGGAAGAUCAAUCUGUGGGCCAUCCUUUUGCUUAGAACUUCUGUUUGGCCCUGCCAAUAUGAAACACUCGGCAACUCCAUCUACUGAUGAGGAUUCUGGGGAUGAAUA